AUGACAACGAUCGAAUCUACAAGGCUGCGACCAGCCAACCAGCUAAUACCGACAUCAACACCUCUGUCUAUCCUCGACGCAACAGUCGUGCGCUUUUCUCCAACAGGAGCAAUUUGGAUUUUCAACCGACCUGCAGAGAUACAUCAGAAGACCCUGACCAACCACCUGCGAACUUCCUUCCUUGAAACCCUAUCAAAAUUCCCUCAAUGGGCAGGCCAGCUUCAAUGGGCACCCAUCAACCCCAAAGGAAACCACACAGAACGGUUCAAUCGUCCAUUGAUUGUAUACGGAACUGAGACCGAUCCGGGUGUUGAAUGGACAGUAGUUGAACAACCCAUCCGAGCAGACGAGAUCGUCCCCACAGCGGAGGAACGGGCCUCGUCAACCACCGGCUCCCAACCGGGAGCAUGGGUAGGCGAUGACUUCAACCAAAGCCUCUUCCUACCAUCCAGCCCACUGGCGUUAGCCAAUCUGCGCGACUGUGCCGGUCUUCCAGGGAUGCAAGUCCAAAUCACUCUUCUCCAAGGGGGCUACGUCAUCGGAGUCCAGAUGGCGCAUUGUCUCGCGGACGCACAGACUUUAAUGGUCUUCAUGCAUCUCUGGGCACAUCACAGCAAAAAGCAAUUCGGAACUCAGCCCGAGUCCCCGCUCAUGGGUGAGCCCGUGUUCGAUCCUGCGAUGCUGGACCGCUGCGCUGCGGGCGAUAUCGAUCGCCCCGAGCCAGACCAACACAUCGUGGACACUGCACGGAAAUUGCCCUUGCAUCGAUUUAGCUGGUGGAACUCCGCCGACGAGGGCUGUCCGGAAUUCUCAAUCCCGACGACCGAGAACUCCAGGCCGCCGCCCGCAGAGAUCGAUUACCGACGAGUCUCGCCCUCGGAGCCAGCGCCCUGGGCCUCGUGGGAUUUCUCGAAAAGGGUCAGGUAUACGCAGUUGCACUUCACAGGUGCAAAGCUAAGCAAACUACAGACUGUGGCCCGAGAGACAGGGUGUCGAAGUGAUAUCUCUAGACUGGAUGCUCUCCUCGCACACUUGUGGAUAGCUAUUACGCGAGCGCGCGGACAGGCCGCCUCUUCAAGACCCACAUUUAUGAAUUUGAGCCUCGGCACACGACCUCGUGUCUGCCCCGCUCUUCCUGAUACGUUUAUCGGAUCGCCCCUCUUCCUGACUCAUGUUGGUGGGGCCGGCUCUUCGGUGUGUCGGGCAGUGUUAGGCGAGGCAGCUAGUCGGAUCCGAGGGACAAUUAAGGGGUUUACGGCCGAUGCUGUGGGUGCAAUGUUGCAUGAUGCUGCGUAUGAGGUGUCGCCGCAGCGGCUGUGGCAGGCCUUUUUAGGGUCCGAGCACACGAUUGUCACCUCGUGGUUGCGGCUGCAGUUGUAUGAGGUUGACUUUGUGGGUGGGGACAAGCCGCGUUACGUGCAUGCUGUUUUGCCAAAAAUGGAUGGGUGUGUUCAGGUAAUGGAUAGUGCGGUUGGGGAGGGGGGGAUGGAUGUUGCGCUUUAUCUUGAUGAGGUGGCUACGGAGCGGUUGCUUGAUGGUGUCUGUUCUUGA